GACGAUGUAUUUGCGAGAGAGCAAAAGAGAAAGAGAGAGAGAGAGAUGAUUUUCUGCGUGUGUGCAGCAGCACUGCGUUGGCUGCCAGCCGCGCAGAAGCAACUGACUCACCCGUGCAAGAGCAGUCAGUGUUCGAUAUGCCGUGAGCCGAGAUACACACGCACUCGACUCCGUUUUUAUCAUCGCGCAACGUUUAUAUACCCCGCAAUAAUAUAGCAGCCGAUGAUCGUACGAUGAUCUUCAACCGCUGAUAUCACCGCUACUGCUCUUCUCGAAUUCGCGCCGCCGUCGUCGGGCGUCGUUUGGAGUCGCCGAGCUGCCGAUAGACCAAAAAAAAGGAGUCGUUGCGGAUUCGCGUGUGUUUCUUCGAUAUACAUAAUAUAAGCAGCAGCGACAACAACCGUUCGUCUAUCUAUCUGACUGCCCCGAGGGAGCUCUGCGAGAGAAGAGCAAAAGAAGAUCCGCAAACAACGCGUCAUACUCGUGUACACAUACACACACAUAUACGCACACCCACACGACGACGUGGACGACGGGCAUCGGGAUAUACGAUUUAGCGUAAACAACUAUCUUCAAUAACAAUAAAUAAUGGACGAACAAUCGAAUUGGCGAGGCAACGACAGUCCCUCCAACAAGCGACAUUGGAGCCCAUCAGAUAUACGUAGGCGUAGGCUCCUCGACACGGUGAGAAUCAAAAUUCCGAAAAAAUCGAUGAAUGACAAAGCUGCCGUUCUCGACGAUCUGCUCUUACAGUUUGCGGCCAAGAGGAAAAAAAAUGGUCUCGCUGACGAUUGUCAGGCGCAUAUAAAAGAUAGAUUCAAUUUUGUGAAGAAGCCAGAAAUGAAACCCCAAUCAUUGAGCAAAAAAAAUAUUCAAAAUGCAGCAUUACGAAUGAAAGAUGGAGAUGAUAAGAUUUCAGACCUAGUCACAGACAUCAAAUCAUCAAAAUUUAGAAUUUCCUCAGAUCCAAGCGUAGAUUGUAAUAUUACACAUGGUGUAGCAACUCUUAGUUGUUAUAGUAAUAUACCCAGAAUUACGGCUGUGACAGAAGACUUGAGUGAUGCGCCGCUACAAGACUGCAGUAGGCCUCAAAUUACAAACAAGUUAGAAAACAUCAGUAUUCACUGUGAUCCAAAAACUUAUGAUAAUGGUACUACAAAUCAACAAAUUAAUAAUGAAUUUUUAGAUCAAACAUCCCGUUUAUCAUUGGAUAAAAACGUAAGCAACGGUAGUGGUGCUACUGCUGCACAUCAACAACAGCAGGCCAUUGUCGAAUGUUCCACGAACUGUUCUAGACGGUUUAUAGAGUAAGUUAUAGAUAUUUGUGUUAAUAAAAAAUUCAGAGAGAGAAUAAUCGUCAUUCUCUUUCUUAGCCGUGUUUUAUUGUGCGGAACUUUUAAGUGAAAAAUUUUAUAACGAUUUUGAACGUUUACGAUUAGGUUUGAAUGUUUACGAUUAGGCAAGAAUCGUAUCGUGAAAUAUCAAAUUAAGUUUAAUUGUAACAUUAUAAGGUAACAAAUGUACAUUCUUCAAACCCUCAUUAUUACAUGAAUAUAAUUAAUUUUUUCGUCGUCUACAUUGUAAAUUACACUUUGGUACUCUUUAAUAUUAUUCAUCUUUUACCGAUGAUGACAUGAAUUGAGAAAAUCGCCAUGUAAUUUACAGUAUUUUAUAUUACAGCUUUUUGUAUAACAAUGUUUUACAAAUAUUAUAUACGAAAUAAAUCACUAUUGAUACUGAAAUAGAAAAA